UGGAUAACAUGAAAAAGGAUCUGCAGGAUAUGUAAGACGGACCCUUACCACAACAAUGUGUGGCAUCUUUUGUCUGUUGAGUCUGUCGUCCGCUCACUUUGAGUGGGACAAAACAGUUCAUGAACAUUUGAAAAGAAGAGGGCCCAACUUGAGCCGGGAUCUCACAGUUAGAGGCACAAAUCCCAGCUGUCGGUGUUUCUUCUCUGCUCAUGUUCUUCACAUGAGAGGCAUUCUCACACCUCAGCCCUUUCAAGACAACACUGGAAAUGUCCUGGUGUGGAACGGGGAGAUAUUUGGAGGCGUCCCGGUGAUGCCAGAGGAAAAUGACACUGCUGUUCUCUCUCAGCGGCUAUCCUCCUGCGACAGCCCUUCAGAGAUUCUGUCCCUCCUCUCCGCUGUACGGGGGCCGUGGGCGUUUGUUUACUACCAAAAGGCUGGGGACUACCUCUGGUUUGGCAGAGACUUCCUUGGUAGGCGGAGUUUGCUGUGGAAAUUUGAUGCGGCAGUCAACGCCUUGACCCUGACUUCUGUAGCAGCCCAGAGUUCUGGACCUGAUCGGUCUGCUUGGCAAGAAGUCCCAGCAGCCGGUGUGUACCGGAUUGACCUGAAGGCAGUUACAGAAGCUGGCUCUGUGACGUUUGAGUUUCAUCCUUGGGCUCAUGGAGGAAAUGAUCUCGCCUCCAGCUGCAGUGAAACCAUAUUGGAGUCUGUCCCCAGCGGCUGCACUGCUGUGACGAACCCGUCGGGCCUGGUACUCACCUCACCCGUUUGCCCUCUUAACACAUCCAUCCCAAAGUCAUUAAAUGAGAAAGAAAGCCUUUCAAACUCACAUCCAUGUGUUAAGGAUCUGGAGCAGAUGCUCGCAAGUAAAGAGAAAAACGAUGAGGUGAACCAGCUUAUUGAUGUUCUCAGUGAGGCAGUAAGACGACGUGUUCAGUCUCUGCCGUUCAGGGCACAAGACGGUCCCCCUCCUCCUAACGACAAUGCUAGUGUUGCCAUACUUUUUUCAGGAGGUAUCGAUUCAAUGGUCCUGGCUGCCUUAGCUGACCGUCACAUACCUGCUCAUCAACCGAUAGAUCUUCUCAAUGUAGCGUUCAAACUACAGGUGCCAAAGAAGCAGAAAGAGCCCGCAAAGAAACCUGGGAAGCACAAAAAUCAACCCACGGGUUUUAAGACUGAUGGAGCAGAUUACCAAACCUCCAGCCCCUUUGACGUUCCAGACCGGAUCACUGGAAAAGCCGGUCUCAAGGAAUUACAAGACUUGAAUCCUGAAAGAAGAUGGAACUUUGUGGAAAUCGACGUAACGAAGGAGGAGCUGCAGACAGUCCGCCAGGAGCGCAUUUGUCAUUUGGUGCAUCCGCUGGCCACGGUGCUGGACGACAGCAUUGGAUGUGCUGUGUGGUUUGCAGCAAGAGGGACGGGGUCCACCAUGCAGGACGGGGACCAGAGAGCCUUCACAUCAUCAGCCAUGGUCAUUUUGACAGGAAUAGGAGCCGAUGAGCAGCUAGCAGGUUACUCCAGACACCGAGUCCGAUUUACGAUGUCUGGACAUGAGGGACUGGUCCAGGAACUGGCCAUGGAGCUGGCCAGGAUCCCUUCCAGGAAUUUGGGCAGGGAUGACAGAGUGAUAGGGGACCAUGGGAAAGAGGCUAGAUUCCCCUACUUGGAUGAGGACGUGGUGAGCUACUUGAAUUCCCUGCCCGUGUGGGAGAAGGCGGACCUGUCGCUUCCUCGGGGCGUCGGGGAGAAACUCCUCCUGAGACUCGCGGCAAAGCAGCUGGGCCUCGGCCAAUCAGCAGUCCUGCCCAAGAGAGCCAUGCAGUUUGGCUCCCGCAUCGCAAAGAUGGAGGACCACCGUGAAAAGGCCUCUGACAAAUGCACGAGACUCCUCGCCGAGUAGACAAAUUGUUGGUAAUGAAGACAAUAUAAAAAGUAAUUUUAAAAUAGAAAAUAUUCAUUAUGAAAUUACAAAUGUUAUUUAAAGGCUCAUUUACAGUUACAAUUCUCAAUUGACCGUCACAGACAGAUUCUUGAAUUUGGCCAUUUGAUCUGUGCUGGUCUUGGAUCAUGUUUUAGCAUGGUAUAAUAAAUAUGGGGUUUCCUCUACACCAUGUAAGACCUGCUAUCUUGUUGUUUUCUGAAGUAAAGAUCACAUUCAAUAUAGGAAGGCAAGUUUCCAACGUCGAAACGCCCAGAAAUCAGAUGAAUGUAUACUGGCUUCCUGAAAGGGG